GAGAAACUGGCUCUUCGACAGCAGCUGCAUGAAGCAAAGCAGCAGCUCCUGCAGCAGGCAGAGUAUUGUACAGAAAUGGGAGCAGCAGCUUGCACCCUCCUGUGGGGAGUCUCCAGCAGCGAAGAAGUGGUCAAAGCCAUACUGGGAGGAGAGAAACUGGCUCUUCGACAGCAGCUGCAUGAAGCAAAGCAGCAGCUCCUGCAGCAGGCAGAGUAUUGUACAGAAAUGGGAGCAGCAGCUUGCACCCUCCUGUGGGGAGUCUCCAGCAGCGAAGAAGUGGUCAAAGCCAUACUGGGAGGAGAUAAAGCUUUGAAGUUUUUCAACAUCACUGGUCAAACAAUGGAGAGUUUUGUGAAGUCACUGGAUGGGGAUGUCAAGGAGCUUGAUUCUGAUGAAAAUCAGUUUGUUUUUGCUUUGGCUGGAAUUGUAACAAAUGUUGCUGCCACAGCAUGUGGUCGUGAAUUCUUGGUUAAUUCAAGUCGGGUGCUCCUGGACACCAUUUUGCAACUUCUGGGAGACUUGAAGCCAGGACAGUGCCCCAAACUCAAAGUGUUAAUGCUGAUGUCCUUGUACAACAUGAGCAUCAAUUUGAAAGGCUUGAAAUACAUCAGCGAGAGCCCAGGAUUCAUUCCUUUGCUGUGGUGGCUUUUGAGUGAUCCAGACGCAGAGGUGUGUCUUCAUGUAUUGCGGCUUGUCCAGUCUGUGGUUCUGGAACCAGAAGUCUUCUCCAAGUCAGCAUCUGAGUUUCAGAGCUCCUUGCCUCUGCAACGCAUACUGGCAGUGUCCAAGAGCCGCAACCCCCACCUGCAGACUGUGGCCCAGGAGCUCCUGGAAGACCUCCGUGCUCUGGAGCAUAAUGUGUAGGUGUGCUCGGCCAUCAAAGAGUUGGAGAAAAUGUCAGUGUCCCUUUCCCUUCCAGGUCCCUCACUUUGUAUUCCCAAACCAUUACCGUGUGCCAUCUGUUAGAGAUGGCAAAAUGUGAUUGACUAGAGAUGGACAUGAAUUGAUAUGUAUCCCACAUGACUUCCUCCUGGAAGUGAAAGUACUUGUGGGAGGUUAAUUAAUCUUGCCAAAGGGGAGGCUUAAAAAGAAUCCAUCCUUCUGGAAAGGCCCAUGUCUGUGUUACCUGGAAAAGGGCUUUUUUAGAGCAGCUCCUUGCUGCUCAGUAGACUGUCCAUGACCUAUAGGUUUACCCAUAGAAAUGGGAGAUUAGAUAACUAUCUACCCCAUUGGUCAGCAUAUUCCUGAGAUACAUUUCUUUGAAAAACAAUUCAUUAUCUCUCUAGUAAUUAUAAUUAAUGCCCCCAAAAUGUAAGUUUACCUUUAUAACCUUUUGGUGAACCUGCUAUAUCAGAUGACAUUGGACAUUUUAGUUCUGUAUUUUUUGAGACUCUUUUAUUCUUGAAUAAAGAAAGUCGGAAAAGUCAA